AUGACUUUCCUUAUGGCCGAAAACGUAGUCUACGAGGAUACUCCCUUCGCCGAAUAUCUUGCUGAUAUCGGUAGUGAAGAAACACUCACCAAACAACCAAACCUAUUUGAAUUAGAAGGAGAUUCACAAGCUAGUGAUACUACAUUGAUGUCCCGAUUUUCACAAUACAUUUUAAACAUAUUUAAUUCUACCCAGGAAACAUUAUCAACCGCACUUCCUUUACAAGAAGAAAACGAGUUCGAAGAACGUUUUAAAUAUUUAUUAUGCACAUCACACCUCUUAAAUGACACGCUAUCUGUCUACUUCUAUGAUAGCAAGAAACCUAAACCAAUAGAUACCAGCGAAGCUGGGCUAUAUUUUGGCGGGAUUUCGCGUCGAAAUUUUGAAAUUUUGUUGAGUUCCAUAAUCGGCAUAAUUGUCGUCAUUUUAACUUGGUUAUUGCACGGUACUGAUUCUAAAGAUUUCGGUAUAAAAAUAUUACAGUUACCUACUGUAUUUGCUUUGGCAUUAUGCGAGAGACUUGUAUAUAAUUGUCAAAAUUUCGAUAUAAAAUUAAACAAAGCUUUAAUAAUGAUUCAAGAAAUCGAACUCGUGUCCCGUGGCUACAGAUUAUCCAUGCCUCUUUCUCCAAUAUCCCGCAUCGAACAAUCUUCAAAAAAUCGUCGUUGUAGUAUGCUUAGAGAAAUUGUUCAUAACAUACUUCAGGAGGCUUUUAUAAGUUAUCAGGAUGCUAUAGUUGCCAUGAGUUCUGAGAGUUUAAAAGAAAAUUUAGCCAUUAUGUACAAUAUGUACAAUAUCAUUCCUUGUUUAGAAAGUGAUGAGUGGAAUUCAAAAGAAGAAGACGUUCUUUCCUUAGAGAAUUUGAAACAAUGCUUUCAGAAAGUGCAUACAAAACGUCGAGAGUUGUUGUGCCAUUUCCUUGCACUAGACGUAAUGACACCUGGUAGAGAUUCUGGACGAAGAGAUUAUGAACAUCAUUGGGCAACUGUAAACGAACAUCUGGAUAAUUUAGGAACAAUUACUGGUCUUUAUUUAGACCAAAUUAUUGCGGCAUCAACUAAUGAACUAGCUCCCAAACAAGACUUUUUGCUUCAGCAGACCUCACAAACAAUUCCGAAUAAGCAGCUCGUGACUUAUCUUCAUCGUUUAGCUUCUAUUGAACAGCAUGUUCGUGGCGUUCAGGCAAAGUUAUAUAUUUGCAAUGAAGACGCGCGUAAAUUUUAUGAAACAGAAGAAGUUGUAGUCUCUGAGGACGAAAGAAAACAUUUAAUGAAUCAAUAUGAAUCAAUAAGUAAAGAUUUCACCUACAUGUUCCAAGAAUGGGAAGAUGGAAAAAAAGCCUUAAAAGAUAUAAUGGGCCCAACACUAAUAGAUUCAGAAUUAAGUAACAGUCGUCAUUCUAUUGAAGAAGACGCUGAAACUUUAAAAGAUGAGAAUGAUCAGGACGAAGAUUUCUGUGAAAAAACACACACAAUUGACUGGUCACGAACAGAUGAACCUUUGGACGUAUUGGAACAAGUAUUUGAAGCUGAUGCUGAGGUUGAAGUCGAGUCCGCUACAAGGAAACUAACAAGAGAAGAGAGGAUUACACUACAAAAAGCUAAGAGAAUCGAAGAGGCCAAGUCAAAGGAAGUACGUUCAAAUUCUGAACGUAUGGUACACGAAUUAAAAGAUGUUUUAAUACGGCGGAAGCCAUUAUCUUCGGAUGAUGAUCAUUCACAACCCAUUCUAAAUGAAUCUGAUUCACUACAAAUACAUGAAGCCCAUGCUACUGUC